UCCCUGCAUCUGAUCUUUAUAUAAAUAGAGUCUUUCAUAGCAUGUACUCUUUGUGUCUGCUUUCAUCUGCUCACCAUAUUUAUGAGAUUCAUCCAUAUUAUUAUAUAUAGCUAUCAUUCGUUCAUUCUGAUUGCUGUAUACUGUUCCACUGUGAUUAUACCACAAUUUAUUUAUUCUUUCUUUUGUUGAUAGGAUUGGAUACUUUCUGGUUGGGACUAUUAUAAAUACUGUUGUGAUGAACAUUCUUCUAUAUGAUUUUUGUGGUCCCAGGCUGCGCCCAUGGCAGAAGGAGAGCAGAAAGCCCACCAAGUGGUGAAGUUCAUGGAUGUCUACCAGCGCAGCUACUGCCGUCCAAUCGAGACCCUGGUGGACAUCUUCCAGGAGUACCCCGAUGAGAUUGAGUACAUCUUCAAGCCAUCCUGUGUGCCCCUGAUGCGAUGUGGGGGCUGCUGUAAUGACGAGGGCCUGGAGUGUGUGCCCACUGAGGAGUACAACGUCACCAUGCAGAUUAUGCGGAUCAGAAUUCACAAAGUCCAGCACAUAGGAGAGAUGAGCUUCCUACAGCACAGCAAAUGUGAAUGCAGACCAAAGAAAGAGAGAGCAAGGCAAGAAAAUCCCUGUGGGCCUUGCUCAGAGCGGAGAAAGCAUUUGUUUGUACAAGAUCCGCAGACGUGUAAAUGUUCCUGCAAAAACACAGACUCACGUUGCAAGGCGAGGCAGCUUGAGUUAAACGAACGUACUUGCAGAUGUGACAAGCCAAGGCGGUGAGCCAGGCUGGAGGAAGGAACCUCCCUCAGGGUUUCGGGAACCAGACCUCUCACCAGGAAAGAUGGAUACAGAAUGACUGAUACAGAAACCACGCCGCUGCCACCACACCACCACCAUUGACAGAACAAUCCUUAAUCCAGAAACCUGAAAUGAAGGAAGAGGAGACUGCGCAGAGCACUUUGGGUCCGGAGGGCGUGACUCCGGCAGAAGCAUUCCCGGGCCGGUGACCAAGCACGGUCCCUCUUGGAAUUGAUUGGAUCGCCAUUUUAUUCUUGCUGCUAAAUCACCGAGCCCGGUAGAGAGUUUUAUUUCUGGGAUUCCUGUAGACACACCCACCCACAUACAUAUGUUUAUAUAUAUAUAUAUUAUAUAUAUAAAAAUAAAUAUAUAUAUUUUAUAUAUAUAUAAAAUAUAUAUAUUCUUUUUUUUAAAUUAACAUUGCUAAUGUUAUUGGUGUCUUCACUGGAUGUAUUUGACUGCUGUGGACUUGAGUUGGGAGGAGACUGGUCCCACCCAGACCCCGACAAGGAAGAAGAUGGGAGGAGAGACUCCGGCAUGAUCUUUUUGUCCCUCUUAGGGAGGCCAGGGUCCCCUCCCUUGCCUAGGAACAUGCAAGAAGACCAGGGCAUGGGGGCAAAUUUGGCCUGCUUUUGGGAACACCGACAAACCCAGCCCUGGUUCCAAGCCUCUACCCCAAGUCAAAUGGACAGAAAGACAGACGACAGGUACAGGUACGAGGACGCUGGCUCUGACCAGGAGUUUGGGGAGCCUCGGGACACUGCUUGUGCUUUGAGGAUCCCCUCCACGUGCUGCAUGGGCAUCUUGCCCUCAGAAGUACUACCUGGAAGAUUCAGGAGCCUGGGCAGCCUUUUCCUACUCUCACCUGCCUCUGCGAUGCCCAGGAGGCCACUGACGGAUGUCCUGGCGAAGAGAAGAGAGACACUGGCAGAAGAGCAGCCUGACAGCUCGUUGUCUCCCGGAAGGGCCUCUUGCCUUGGCCAUUUCCCUGCUCCCCUUCCUGGGCACAGCCCAGGGGGCCCGAUGUCCUCAGACCAUUGAAACCACUAGUUCUGUCCCCCAGGAGACCUGGCUCUGUGUGUGUGAGUGGUUAACCUUCCUCUGUCCCCCACCCGACCCUUCCCGCGGCACAGAGAGAGAGGGCAGGAUCCAUGUGCCCACCAUGGAGGCAGAGAAAAGAGAAAGUGUUUUAUAUACGGUACUUAUUUAAUAUCUCUUUUUAAUUAGAAAUUAAAACAGUUAAUUUAAUUAAAGAGUAGGGUUUUUUCAGUAUUCUUGGUUAAUAUUUAAUUUGAACUAUUUAUGAGAUGUAUCUCGCUCUCUCGCUUUCUCUCUCUCUUAUUUGUACUGGUCUUUGUGUAUAAAAGUCAUGUUUCCAGUCUCUCUUCCCUGAUCGGUGACAGUCACUAGCUUGUCCUGAACAGAUAUUUAAUUUUGCUAACACUCAACUCUGCCCUACCCUUUCCCCUGACUCCCCACCACACAUUCCUUUAAAAUAAGGUUUCAAUAUACAUCUACAUACUAUAUAUAUAUUUGGCAACUCGUGUUUGUAUAUAUAUAUAUGUUUAUGUAUAUAUGUGAUUCUGAUAAAAUAGACAUUGCUAUUCUGUUUUUUAUAUGUAAAAACAAAACAAGAAAAAAUAGAGAAUUCUACAUACUAAAUCUCUCUCCUUUUUUAAUUUUAAUAUUUGUUAUCAUUUAUUUAUUGGUGCUACUGUUUAUCCAUAAUAAUUGUGGGGGAAAAGAUAUUAACAUCACAUCUUUGUCCCUAGUGCAGUUUUUCGAGAUAUUCCGUAGUACAUAUUUAUUUUUAAACAGCAACAAAGAAAUACAGAUAUAUCUUAAAAAAGCAUUUUGUAUUAAAGAAUUUAAUUCUGAUCUCA